CUGGUUUCUUCGUGCAUAACAGAGAAAGGAACUCCAUACAAAGUGUCGUUUUAAAUUGCUUUACCUUUUGGUGUCGAAGUCGAGACAGACACCGCAUGCUCUCUCUCUCUCUCUCUCUCUCUCUCUCUCUCUCCCAUUGAUUUCCACGCACGUUCUUCUCCUUCGUUCCUUCUCUUUCUUUGUUUUGGGGUGAAAACAAGAACCGUACGGAAAGAAAUUAAGUAAGAGAACUUGAGGGACCAAAAAUGGGAGGUUGUGCCACCAAGCCUAAGGUCUCCAAGGAGGAUGCCCAAGCCCAAGCCAAAGCCAAGGCACCCGAACCCGAACCCGAACCUCAAAACCCCAACAAAGACACCGUUGAAAUCAAACUCUCAGCACAAGAACAAGGCGGCGACAACCUUAAUCUCAACGAAAUUGUUGACGACGACCAAGCUAUCAAACGACGCUCUCUCAGCUUCUUGUUCAAGGAGAACGAAGAUACAAAGGUCACAGAAACUGAAAAAACCGCAGGAGAGGAGACUGUGAAACAAGAAACAGAACCCGAGAAACCUUCGGAGGGUACUAAAAGCAACGACCCAACAGUGAAACAGGAAUCUCCAAAGACAGAGGUGAAACCAACCGUGGAAAGCAUGAGCAGCGAAUCAGAAAAGCAAAAAUCUCCGGUGGUUAACGUUACUGAGUCUGAGAAUGCGAAGACAGAUACAUCACAAAUUGAGAAACCUUCAGAGGAAUCUCAUAUCAAUGAACCAGCGGAGGAAACACUGACGCCAGAAUCAGAAGCUGAGAAAACUUCAGAGGAAAACAACCGAAGUAACGAGCCACUCAAAGAAGAACAUGUAGAGACCAAGGAGACAUCUUCAGAGGAAACACAAAGCAAUGAACCAAUCAAACAAGAGCCCGUUGAGCCAUCAGCAAAGAAUGAUUCAAAAGCAGAAAAAUCUGAGACUCCAAUUGAAGAGAACAUAAACACAGAAGCGGUUCCUCUGCCUGAAGAGAAGGUAAUUGAAGUUGUUUUAACUGAUGCAGAGUCUGUGGAGAAGGUAACAGAUGAAGCAAAACUCACCAUAGAAGAGAAAAGCCAUAUUGGGGCGGAGGAUGCACCCAAGGCUGAAAUAUGAAUGGAGCAGGAACAAUUUGAAACAUUGUUUGCUUAGUCCCGCAUUGUUCUCUGGUUCAUAACUUCAUGGGGCAUACCAACCAAAUCUUUGUGUGAAAUUUCCCAACUUCAUUUUCUUUAUGUGUUAAUUCUUUUUUUAUAUAUAUGUAAUUUGAAGAACUGAUUUUUGUUGUGGAGUCACUUUUCAUUCCUGUUAUUAUUGCUUGUCUGUAUUGGUAGAUCAAAAUCACCAUUGUAAAAUGUAAUUUUGUUGUGAAUUGCAAGUGGGAAUUCCCU